AUGUCCUCCUCAAGCAUCCUCAAGUCGUUUGUGGUAGUGCGCUAUAUCGACGUCCAGAUAGCUGCGAAUGCAAUGAACUUUCGUUCAUUUGAGGAGCGAAACGACAUUGGGCAAUGCGAAGGCAUCGAAGACGUGUACACAUCCAACAGGCAGGACAAGGGACAAUCGUCUCGUCCAGCGAACCUCGUCGCUCCUUCUCCUUCAAGUAUCCUUUCGUCGGUCUGUGACUGGUACAAGUACUGGGGAACAGACCUUCAAAAAGGACUCUCAGAGAAGCGCUGCUCGUGGCGGAACCUCCAUUCUGACGCACUGCGCGUCCCCUCCUUUCCCCCUUCCACAUUGCGACCAUGCCUAACUCUUUCCUCGACCACCUGCCAUCUCCCUUCGACUAUACGCACGGACUUCAGUCUCCGCCAGCAACCUCUCGUUGCGCCGACGCCCAAGCGAAUCGACGAUGCCUCUGACGAUGCCCUCAAGCCCUAUAAGAAGCAUAUCGCGGAGUCGGAGAAGGAGAAUGCUCUUCUCGAGAGAAACGUCAAGCAGGAACGCUUCUCUGCGUCAGCGCAGGCGACGGCCGCCUGCAAGGAGGCCUCGAGCCUUCGCAAAGACCUCAGCGCUGCACGCGCGGAGCUCGCGGAAGUCAAGGAGCACGCCGUCGGCCUCACUGAGAUCCAUGAUGGUCGCUGCUCUGCGCGAGACUGGAGGGGCGGUUCUUCGCGCGCAUGUCCCAAGGAUAUUCAAGAGCCAUGCGACGACAAGCUUGUCGAGAGGGAUGCACCUCUCGUUGAUGAGGCGGUACUACAGGCCUUCGUCACGGGUCUUUGGGAUACGCUCGGGCGGGUCGCGCAACCACGGGCGCAGAAGGAGGCAGCGUGGGCGCGAUCCGAGGUGGAAGACUUGAGACGCGUCCCCUCGACUAGUAACUCGUCGCGAGUCGCCCAAUUGCCCACGCGCAUGCCCCUCCAGUCGACGGACCUGCUGCGGGCGAUGAGCGGAGGUUCGCCCGAAGUCGGCUCCGCGAUGAAGCGCAAAUCGGAGGAAAUGGAGGUUCUCGUCGAGAAAUACAACACAGCGAAGGAAGAUAACGCGAGGCUGACGUGGACGCAUGAUCAGUUGGCGAACGAGGAGCGCAUGACGAUUUCCCGCGCGUUGAGCUGCGACCUCGAGCCAGCCGAGAACGUUGUAUCAACCUCUUCCGCGAUUGGAGGAAACGAACUCGAUGCUUCUCAGUCGAUGACUCUUACCUUUGGUGAUGUUGACGCACCUUCGACAUUUGCCACUGCUAUGCCAUCGCCCGCAAAGGUCGUCGAUGCUUUCUCCGCGCGCAACUCUGCGAUCGCGACGAUCCUUGGGGGCGCUCAUCGUUCGGACGACAUGCUGCCCGUCACUUUCGCUUGCACCAAAAUGCAGUAUCUCUCCGGCGACGUCAAGGCCCUCCGUGCAGCCCUCGACGUUGCAUGUAUUCCACGAAUUGGCGGAGACGCGCCACUACGCACUGCCCUUCACGACGUCGCCAGCACACGGGCGGAUUCGCACGCUGCGCGUGAGGGGGCGAAGGUGUGGAAGCGGAAAUAUGCGAAGCGGAGUGCGACAAGCGGGAAGCGGACGCGUCGAAGUGGAGGGAGGCGCUCGUCAAGGCGCAUAUGCUGCGAGUUAAGCUGA